GCGUCAAUUUUAACAAAUUUAUUGUUGCAGAUUUAGACAUAAAGCAAAAUGCGUUGUUUUGUUUCCACAAUUCUGGUAGCAUUCUUCGUUUCUCAAACAUCUGCAAAAUCUGUAGUAAGCGUCGGUUGCACCCAGGCCAAUUGCCUUGUAAACCCAUGUAUUGGUGCCAUGUGUCCACGAGACAGUGGUGUCGUGUGCAAGCCUAACUAUUGUGGCGGCUCUUGUGAUUUUGAUUUCUUCAGCAACGGUGAAAAACUUACAAGAAGACAAUGCAUUUUGGACUUUUGUCCAUUGAGUCACAACCUCAUUUGCGACAAGACAGAAGAGAGUCUUUGUGCUGCAAACACCUGCCCUAAUCACCCCCAAGCAAUCUGCAGGAAAGAUUGUUACUGCACUGCCGUGUUCCAUGAUCCAGUUACACUUCUGCAGUACGACGACUGCAAUGCGGUUUAUCAGCUUUAAGAGUUUUGGAUGGAACUGCGCAGUUUUAACCAGUGUAUUGUAGUAUACAGUUAAAAUUCAAGAACAUGCCAUUUAUACUUUAUUUAUAAGCAUGCUUUUAGAAGAUCGCUAUCAGUUGCACGAAUGUAGGCUAUUAACCAAAUGCAGUUUGUAAAUCAAAUAAAACUUGAUGCAUAUCAU